AUGGACUGGUUCGGUCGUGCCAAGAUCUCUUUCACCCACCACGCAUCACCACUUACACUCCAGCAGAAGGAUGGGACUACGACCGACUUGCUCAAGGUCUGCGAACAGGCCACUCCGCCAUGCCAGCUGAACCCGCUUCUCUUCAACGGCCAUGUGCAGACCAUGUGGACUGUGGUUAAGGAGCAUGGUCCCCAGAUCUACUAUCGCCGAAAGAUCUUCGAGUCAGACCACCAGGUCUACACCGGAAGCUUCACUGUCGAUUUUGUGACGAAGCCUCACCAAGACUUCGAAGAGAAAUUGCCCCCAAGGACCGCCUACUUUUCCGAACAAGCCUUUUCCAGCCUGCCUUCGGAUGACAGCAAGCCUAUGCUCAUUGUGCUCCACGGUCUGUCCGGAGGCUCGCAUGAAAUCUAUCUCCGUCACGCCAUUCUGCCUCUCGUCGAAAGUGGCAAGUGGGAGAUCUGCGUAGUCAACUCUCGUGGAUGCGCAAACAGCGCCGUUACAAGCGGUCUCUUCUUCAAUGCUAGGGCGACAUGGGAUGUUCGACAGGUUGUGAAGUGGGCCAGAAAGAACUUCCCCAACCGUCCACUUUUCGGCGUUGGUUUCUCUCUGGGUGCCAACAUUUUGACCAACUACGUCGGAGAAGAAGGAGAGGGUUGUCUUCUGAAGGGCGCCAUUGCCGUUGGAAAUCCAUUCAACCUAGAUGUUACCAACAGAGCUUUACGGAGAACUCACUUGGGAAGACUCUACCAACGGGUUAUGGGAACCAACAUGAAGAAGCUUGUCGCAAACCACAAGGAGACCGUGCUCAAAUACACCAACCUCGACUACGACAGGAUACAGAACAUCACCUACCUGAACGAGUUCGAUCGUGAAGUGCAGACCGUAACCUGGGGUUACCCCACCGAAGACGCCUACUACCGCGAUGCUUCCUCCUGUGACGCUGUCCUGGGCAUCAGAAUUCCCUUCAUGGCUCUUUCUGCCGCUGAUGAUCCGAUUGCUGUCGAGGAAGCCAUUCCUUACGAAGAGAUCAAGCAGAACCCCUACACGGUUCUCUGCCUUACAUCUCUCGGCGGACAUCUUUCGUGGUUUGAGAUGGGUGGCGGAAGAUGGCAUACUCAUCCUAUCUGCAACUUCUUCAACAAGAUGGCUUUCGAGAUUGACUUGGACGCUAUCAAGCCCGAUGCUUGCGACAAGUGGGACAGCCAGUUCAGAACCCACUUCGAUCCUGUGCAGCGGAAGUUGCAGAUUCUGGAUCUCGACCAAUAG